AUCAAAGUUGGACCUUCAACGCCCCCAGUGUCAACUACCAUUCUUCUCUCUUAUCCAAAACCAGGUCUCAAAGAUGACUCGCUUGAGUCGUCGCAAGGGACUCCCCCUUCCAGUCUGCCCCCUAUUAAUACUAGUGCUUAUUAAGUGCCUUUAAAUUCCAGACAUAGCUUCCUACAGGCUUCUUACGUAUCCCUAGUCUCAAUAAACAUAAUAAACCAGUUUUGUACUUUUCUUUGUUUGUCUCAAAAUCCUUCAUGGCUGACUCGGAUCGUUCCUCUGAUGAUAUUUCCGUGGAUUCUAGAGCUGUUUGUUGGGGUGUGACCGCAGAGGAAUCCACCCAAGAUUCCAAGCUCCAGUUCUCAGAAGAUGAGGAAACCCUUAUUACUAGAAUGUUCAAUUUGGUUGGAGAGAGGUGGUCUUUGAUAGCUGGGAGAAUUCCUGGAAGAACAGCUGAGGAGAUUGAGAAGUAUUGGACUUCAAGAUACUCUGCAAGCGAAUGAAUGACCCAAACCCAAAGUGAAUUUGGGUUUCUUCUGUUCAGAGCAUGAAAAAAUUUUGUGGCGAGGUUGUACCAAAGUGUUUAGGUUCCUAGGGCAAUUGGCUGCUUCUCUGUGUUGCUUGAUCAGGAGAGAAAACUGCAAUACAUAUAUAUGAUGUGGUUUUCCUUCUUAACCAAGUUUGGCAAUUAAGCAAAUGCAUGCCUUUUUGUACAAUGGCUCAUGGUUGCUAUGCUAUAAUAUGGUAAUUCGGGGUUUGGAUUUUCAAUUUUCUGGACAAUUUGUGUGUUAUGAAUUCUUGGGCGAAUGUGAAUUUAACUAUGUAAAGAUGUAUUUUAAAAACCAUGGGAGUAAAAAAUCUGUGUCAUUGGAGUA